UGGGCUAUACCGAAGAGAAAUAAAUUACCUCCUCGACCCAAAUGGCUCAUAAAGGAAGAAGAGCUAGACGAGAAGUUCUUGAAAGGAGGAAGGGGUCCUGGAGGUCAGAAAAUCAACAAAAGUAAUAGCAAGGUGCAAUUAACACACUUACCCACGGGCAUAGUUGUAACAUGUCAGUAUUCCAGAUCACAGGAACUGAACAGAAAACGAGCUCGAGAAAUAUUGGCUCUUAAACUAGACGAUUUGAACAAUCCUGAAACCAGUAGGAAUGCUGUAGUGAACGACAGAAAGACAAAGGUUAAGCAAAGCAAGUCCAAGAAAGCAAACAGAAAAUAUACGAAACUCGAUGCGGAAAGGGAAGAAAUCAAACGGCAAGAGGAAGAAGAGCUAGCGGCGGUGGUAGACGUAGAAGAAGAGUUUGAAAGCUUUUUGAAGAAUGCUACUAUAGAAAUAGAGGAAAAAAAGACAUAA